UUAUCAUCGAAAGUACGAUGCUAAUGGCAUAAAUUUCUCAAAAAUCAUUCAUUGGAAAUGUGAAUGAACUUUUUAUGAAACCAACUGUCCGACAGAGCGACCGUCAACAUCAUCAAAUUUUGACCACGGGACGAGUUGUGUAGGGAGGGUUACGUUAAAUGUUUAAAAUUUAUUGAAAAUCUGUGAAAAAUAUCAAUGUGCUCGAGUUUUCUAAUAAUGUUUCAAAGAUGUGUCGAGCAUAUUUAAGAGAUUCUUUUAAAAAAUAUUCGUUAUGGAGUGCAGUGGACGUUGAAAUACCGCGACGGCUCGAAGAACUGUCAGCAGGUGGAUUGUGGUUUAAUGAAAUAUUUUGAGGGAGGAUUUUGGAGAUGGUAUUUAAUGAAAAAAUGGCCCUCAAAUCGUAUUAAUACGUUAUGAAAUGCACAUAUCAUCUGAGAUACAGCAUCCCUCAACAACCAUCUUGACAAAAUGUACCAAAAUGUCAGAAGAGGGGCACAAAUUUGGAAUGAAUGGGAAUGUUGACAGAAAUAUUAAGGAGGAGUGCCACAAAACUAAUUAUGGGCAAGGAGGACGUCUUAAAUUCUUUAAAGAUGGGAAAUUUAUCCUUGAAUUGGAAAGAGCCAGGGAGGGUGAAAGAGUUUCAUGGGUGUCAGUUCCACGAAAAACUUUUUGGCCGCCACAAGGAACAGCUUCCUCUACUCCUGCAUACCGGCAAGAAAGCAGUACAUCUCUUAGUGUUUCAGAUGACAAUAGUUCUAUUCAGUCUUCGCCUUGGCAGAGGGACCACUCCUGGAAACAGACUAGUCCUAGUCGAAACAUAUCAAAAGAGUUAAGGUUUUAUUUUUGGAGGCCUCUUAAGAAGCGACACUCAAAUAAACGAAGCAAUAAAAGAAGAACACCAUACUCGACUGCAAUAGAAAAAACCCAAGACAGUGCGUUACAGAGUGAAAGAACUUUUGUGAAAAUUAAAAGAGAAAAUGGAAAACGUAAUUUACUUGCAAUUAUACAGUGUCUUAUAGAUAAAGGCCUUAGGACAAGUACACCACCUAGAGCAGAAACAGUAGUAUCGCCCAGGAAACGUUUUUCUCCGUGAAAUGGAAAAAGACAAAACACAAGGCGACGAUAACUCCCAGAAAAGAAGCCGUAACAAGUCCCAAACGACUCAACCAGUUUCUGUUACACCGCCCGCAGUUCCGACCGCUGGCAGCCCGGUCGUAGCUAACGGCGUGGAAGAAACGAAACCCCUCAGAAAUUCUAGUUAUAGUAUCACGUCGCUUCUAGCGGAUGACCGAAAUGUCAAGAGAUCGCCUACGUCGUCUCCUAGUCACUAUCCCCUGGCGCAUCCGCAGUACUGUUCCCCGUCGGCCGAGGAGCGAUGGUAUUCGGAGAGUGUUGAUAGACUGCGUUCGAUAGAACUGUCGCAGGUAGAAAAAUGUGCUGGUUACUCCCCGUAUUCCCCCCAGUCAUAUUUGCAUGGAUACAUGUACCCAUUUCCACCAGUACCACCUUAUUAUGGAACGGGCGUGUAUGGUAGGGGAUAUGUAGUGCCUUCCAUGUAUCAUCAUAACAAUUCACCUGUGCAUUUACCAAUAAGACCCAAUGAAACCCCCACUUGCUCCUGGACGGCAGAACCUCAUAGAGAUGGCGAGCAUCGAGAGGAAACUGUCACCGAUAUGCCACUAAACCUUUCAAAAAAUUCUGGAUGAAACACUGUGUGCCUUCCAAAGCAGUACAUUUAUACAUUUAAUGAAGAAAUAUAUAUUUUCUAAAAAAAAAAUUGACAUUAGUUGACAGUAAUUUAUCUGCAGAACAUCAUUUCCAAAACACUCGAAUAUAUUUCCGCUGCAGAAAAUACUUUCAAAAUAAAAGGUUUGUCGUUUGCUCGUUGUACCCAGGAGCAAAACUAAUUUAACUGUAGCUUCUAAAGCCCAAUGCAGAAAAAAGUAAUUCAAGCUUUAAAGCAUUGAUAAUGUGCAAUUGACAGCUCUACAAGCAUCCAACUGUAGAUAGUAGGUGUAAAUACGAUAACAGAUAUUUUGUAUAAAACUCUUUUUUGUAUUAUUUUAUACAAUGAAAUAAAAAGAAAAGAAAAUACUUAAAAGGAAAGUACGCUGAAGAAUGUUGUGAACAAAUUAUUUUGUAAAUGUAAAUAUUUUUUCACUUUUGUACAUAGUAUGUCAAACAUAUCAUUUGCUAUUUAUUUUUAUUACUGAUCCAUUUUCCGUCGGUAAAAAUAUUCAGUUUUAGUUGUUGGUUUAAAGGCCAAUUAAAAGUUAAUGAUAAUAAAAAAUACAAUUUAAGUACAAAUGGUGUUUGUUGAAUUUUCUAAAAUUUAACAAAAAAGUAUUCGUAACAGAUUAUAAUUAUUAAUAUUAAUAAAAUUAAGAAAAGUUCUUUAUUGAACACAAAUUCACUGUGCCAGCUAGUGAAGUUCUUCAAUAUAUUUAAUAAUAACAUUUGCAACAAAGAAACAAAAUGAACAAGAAACUAAAUUAUUUUCUAUCGCUGGUUAGUGUCUGCUUCUCCAUCAAAGUUUUCCCCUUUUCAAUUCCGUUCUCUUCAAUCUGGUCAGUCAUGAUCUUUUUUCUUGAUUUUUCCAUUUCCAUUUUUUUCUUGAGGUGUCGUUUUAUUCUUACCAGUUUGUUUAUUUUUGAGAUGAUUUCCUGAGAAUAAGGUUUUGUUUUUAUAAUUUUUGUUUUUAAAUGUUUUUUUUUUUUCGAUCCUAAAAUUAGGAAAAACCAAAAAAAUUCUGAGAUUCAUGUAAACACGAAACCAAUUUUUUAUAUAAAUGAUUGUGAAAGGAAAAAUAAUGUAACUGUAAAUGGGGAUAAAAACAAAUUAUUUUAAAUUAAUAAAAAUAAAACAAUCGUGUUGCAGAGCACUACAAAACCUACCUUUUGAUACAAUUUAUAUUUUGAACAUUAUUUGCGAUUAUUAUCCUAUUAACAUGAAUUGGCAAGAAUACUAGGGAAACGAAACAAAAUAAAAUAGAAUUGAAAUCCGUUAAUCGAUCAAAAUAGACAAUCCAAUUAUUGUCCUUCAUGUUUGACCAUUAUAGAAAGUAAAAAAGCGGUGUAAUAUUCCAACUUGGUAUAACACAUACAGUCCACUAGGAAAGGGAAAUAUAAAAUAUCGUCUCAAACAUUGGUCCUUCGAGCCGGAUCUUGAAGCACAGAAAGGAUUGUAAAGGUUCUUUCAAGGAAGAAGAAGGUAUUCCAAUUGGAUAAAUCAAUAACACUAGGAAAGGGAAAUAUAAAACAUUGACUCAAACAAACUAAAAAAGGUAUUCGUCCAAUUUGGGGCCGAAAGCUUUGAGAAUAUAAAUAAUUUUUGAAUUUUAAUUACAAAACUUUAUUCCCAAGUAAUUACCUAAAAAAGCAAAAAAGAAAAGGUCGAAGAAAGGAAAUUUGGUAUUAAAAAUUUACUUCCAAAAAAUUUGUCAUUGGCUCCCGUUUAGUUAAGUUUUCUUAUAUCUUCAUUUCAGACUGUCCCAUUUAGAUUUCCCCGCUAUUUUUCUCAAAUAUUUUAUUAUCGUUGCAUUUAUUAGUGACAGUAGUAAAAAAUGAAGGAAUAUUACACAAUUUUUUUUUUUUUUGAAGGUUAAAAAGGAAAACAAAGAUCUUGUAAAGUUUGUGUGAAUAUAAAUACAUACUGACAUAAAAUAAAUCAUAAUCCAUUUGUAUGGGGUUCUUCAUUUUGUUUAUACUUAGUCAAAAAAAAUGUAUGCUUACAUUUAUGUUCUUAGUCUUCCCAAAACGCACAAUUUAAAAUAUAUUUAUACAUAUUUUUGUACCGAUUUAUGAUAGCUCCAAAGAAAUUUAAAAUAGGAAAAAUACUGUAAAAAAAACUUAAUGAUCUUACGUGUAAAUAUAUUUUCGUAAAAUGUAUUACAGCUUUUUUUAAAUAUAAAUUUUUGUGUCUAAUCGUUAAAAAAAUGUUUUUUUCGUCAUUUCAAGACCUAAAUACGAGUAUCUUGACACAGACAAAUUGCAAAAUUUUAUGAGAAAAAUUACCUCUUAAAUGGAUGGUAGAAUACCCUGUUAUAAUGUUGGAACAUCAUUACAGAACACCCUUUAUAAUAUGCGACCAUUUUGCACCAGAUAUGUUAAAUGCAGACAAAAUAAAUUUCUCUGUCUAAGCUUUAGACAGUGGCGUAACCAUUAAUUAAAUAAACAAUGUCUUUACGCCUCUGUCCAAAAACUAUUUAAAAUUAUAUAAGUUUUGGGAAGAGGCAUAAAAUUUGGAAGAGGAAAAGGAAUUACUUACCCAUACGGUACGUCACUGGCAUAAUUUAUUAAACUGUUAUUUUUGCUGAUAGAUGUAUUUUGUCACCUAAAACAUUGCCGAAUUUAGUAAAAUUAUAUUGACUAAUUAAAACAAUUAUAGCCAUUAACUAAUGAAUGUUCAAACUUCGACGCCCUGUAUUUCGUACGAUUAACAUUUUAUUCAAGCAUGUUUCAUUUAUUCGUCUUAUUUUAAUUCAGAGAAUCUUUAGUUUUUUCAUGUCCCAUUCUUAAUGUAUAUUAAAAUUAGACAUGUGUAACGACACUAAAUGUUAUUGGAUAACAUUAUUCCUCAAUUUGUAGGUUUUAAUGAAUGAAAAUAUCAAUUGUUUACUUUAAAAUUUUGAUAAAUUCUUUAGAUUAUCAAACUUAGUAAGAUUCAUUUGAAAUAUUAACCAGUUUAAAAAGUAUUUAUUUGCCUAUUAUAUUUUACCUGCGAAAUAUAAAUAAAUCAUUCUUCCAUUUUUUUUCGGCUUUUUCGGCCAUAAGCUGAACACACAACCAUUGUAAUUACUUAAUAUUAACGCUGUCAACAUUUCGCAAAAAAAGCUCAAAUAUAUACAAAUAACCCCACGGUUUCUCUGGCACCAAAUAAAUAGUUGAUCAAUAUUUGAAAGGCAAUCAUCUGCGUCGGUCUGAAAUACAAGUUUCUUCUCUUUCAUAGUCUAAGUAUUUGUGUUUCAACUUUUAGCGGCGCCAGCAGUUAUUAUUCUUCCAUGGUCAGUUAUUUGAUUUGCAUUCCAUGCUUUUAAACCAGUGACGUCACAAGCGAAGUAACAGUUUUAAAAUUGUCGAAAUUAGAUUUUUUUGUACUCUUUGUUAAAUCUGAACAACACAAUAUUAUAAUAAUUUAUUUUAGUUGAAUUCCCAAUGGUACAUCGUUACAAAUGUUAUAAUUUAAAUGGAUUGAAUAAUUUAAAUAGAACAUAGAAAGGGUCCUAUUAUAAGAGUGAAAUUUUGUUCACUUAAUUCUUAUUUUGUUUACUUUUUUAUGCUUAAACAUUAUUUUCUGUACGAUACAAUUAAAUACUUUAUUUAUUCAUUUAAGAAAUUAUAGUUCUGCUUUUCAAUUUUUAUUAUUAUCUUGUAGAGACAACCCUAUUUUUAUUAUUUUCUUGUUGAGACCCUGAAUAUUUUUACCGACGUGUGACAUAAUUACCACUAAGAUAAAGAUUUGUAUAGACCAACUAUAUUUUCAUAAGAGCGUUAGGAAAAAGAUUGAUUAAUUUUUAAAAGACAAUAGUGUAGGGCAUCAUUUUUAUUUCACGGACUCUAAUGAUACGUUUAUUUUUGACUCAUGUAUUUAAUAUCACUGGUCUUAAAAAAUAUUAGUUAUAAAAUUAAUAGUACUAUUUUAAAUUAUCUAUAAAUGGUACAGGAGAUUAUUUUAAUUGACAGGGUUGUAUGUCCAGGUCAAACUAUGCAUUUAUUCACUUAUUUCAAAAGUACAUGAGUUAAAAAAGAACGUACUGUUUGUCUGAAUAUUUAUAGUAUCAUUAUUUAAUAUUCUAGUUUUUUAUGAUGUACUAUUAUUGACUUGUGCCAUUUUGCUAUUAACCCUAUCUUCAGUCAAUAAUAAAACCGAUAUUUUCUGUAAAACAAUAAUUGUAACAGACGAAAAAUACUGUAAUAGACUGAAACCGCUUAUCCGACAUUUAUUUUGGAGAAAAAUUUUGGCACUUUUGUAUUGUGAUAUGAGUAAAUAUUUUUUACUGGGAGUCCAAACUUUGAACUGAAUAUUUAUACCUGGAAUUUUUAAUCUUAGGCUCUAAAAUACAAUGUACAGUUAAUAAAACAUUUGAUAGAUAGCA